AUGGAGGCAGCUUCACCCCACUGUGGAGAGUCACCAUUGUCAACUUGCACUAAUGCACACGAGAAUAACGAUAUGGCUCCUGUAGGGACACAGCUGUAUCCUAGGGAGAAACUAUCUCUGACCUGGCAGAAACAUUCUGGGGCUGGUGCUGGACUGAACAUGGGAAACACUUGCUAUGUGAAUGCCACUCUACAGUGUCUGACAUACACCCCUCCACUGGCCCACUACAUGCUGUCCCAGGAGUCUUCCCAAACCUGUUCUCCUCACAGGGUUUGCAUGCUGUGUGUGAUGGAAGCUCAGAUGACAUGGGCUCUUCACAAACCUGGGGAUGUCAUUUGGCCCCUGCCUGCAUUGGCUGCUGGCUUACGCACAUGGCAGCAGGAAGAUGCCCAUGAAUUUCUGCUCUUCACCCUCAAGGCCCUGCAGAAAGCAUGUCUGUGUGGGCACAAGCAGUCAGGGGCUUGCUCCCAGGAUAUCACCCUCAUGCACCAAAUAUUUGGAGGGUGCUAGAGAUCACAAAUUAAGUGUCUCUGCUGCCACAGCCUUUCAGACACUUUUGACCCCUACCAGGACAUUACCCUAGACAUCAUGGCAGCUCAGAGUGUGCAGCAAGCCUUGGAGCAGUUGGUGAAGCCUGAAUGGUUAGAGAGGAAAAAUGCCUAUCACUGUGGUGUUUGUCUGAAGAAGAUGCCAGCUUGCAAGACCUUGAGCCUGCAGACUGCCUCAAAGGUUCUCAUGCUUGUACUGAAACGAUUCUGUGUUCUCACGGGUGACAAAAUUGCUAAGCAGGUGCUGUAUCCUGAGUGUCUUCACAUGCAGCCAUACAUGGCUCAGCAGAGCAGUGGCCCACUGGCCUAUGUCCUCUAUGCCGUGCUGGUCCAUGCUGGGAAGAGUGAACUUGAACCUGAGAGUGGAAACGUGUCACUAGGCAGGGAAACGAGUGCAGUUGGGACUGAAGACUCAGUCUUGGGAGUCACCCAAGGAGAGCUCCAGGGAGACUCCUGUAGCCACAUGGAGGAGUCAGUGGAGCCGCUGGGGGGCACAGCCGCCAGAGAACUCACCUUACAUCUGUGGAAGUUCCUCCAAGAACAGAACCAACCAAAGUCUGAAUCCAACCCAGGAAAGUAG